ACUACUGAUAUUCCUGUAGUCUUUCCAGGAUAACAGCGAAAACAGUGUCGUCAUUUGGACCUUGGUCUGUGAAAACAAACAUUAGAUAAAUAAUUUGGGGGGUUAAAUUUUAAACCCUCCCCGGUUAUAGUUUGGUUGAGUCCAGAGUUCCUGUAGAUCCAAGAUGGCGGAAUAAGCAGCGACGUGCAGAAGUUCACUUUUAACUCUCUACCCUGAAGCUUUUCAUCUUCCCGUUCUCUUGUCGGAGUAUUAUUUAUUGAGAGCGAACGCUGAUACUCACAGCAAUGUUGAGUUGAAGAUCUAACAGUGGAGGCAAAGCCAGUCCAAGCAACUGUCUUUUUCUGGGAUGUCCAGGCUUGGUGGCCUGAGGGGGUCCAGCCCCGAAGCACAGGCCACCAGCACAGACACAGUACACAAGCAUCUACAGAUGGACACAUCCACCUCUAAAGAACCCUGCACAGCUGUUUGAAAGAGAGAACUGAUCAAGCAGCGAGCAGGCUUGACUUGGGACCUGAUACUAUGGACCCAACUAGUCCUCAGAGAGAUCAUCUUCAUCGGCGCCUCCGUCUUUAUCUGAUAUAGGACAUUCUAUUUCACAUUCCAUCCAUCAAAUAAUCAUCUGUCCUUCCCACUGUUCAUUCAGUUGUUUGAGAUUGUUUGGUGUGCUGCAGAGCAAGAAGUGGAAGGCAGGUAAUGGAUGAUGCGGGCCAUGGUGACCUAGUGUAAAUGGCUAUUCCUCAGCACAGCUCAGUGCCAGUAUUUACUGCUCGAUCUUCCACCUCCAUUCCCUCCUCCUCUCACUCCUCUUUCACCUCUCUCACCUCCAUCCCCGUUCACUGCGGCUGGUUACUACCUAUUCCUGCCUCUCCCCUCCAAAACCAUGGUAGGUGCUGGUCUUGGUGUGUGGAAGCUAAUGAGAGGUGUGCGCCAGCUGGAGCUUCACCGCCUCAUCCUGGCACUUAUCAUCUUCUGCUUGCUAUCUAUGGCCUUCCUGGCUUACUAUGUCUCCAACAGCCCGAAAAUCAAGGAGGCCCCCCCUUUACCCUUCAGUGACUGUGGUGGAGGAGGGGGGAUGUCACCUGGAGCGAGUACUGGAGCUGCCGGAGCAGGUCCAGGUGUCCAGAGGGCACCACUCUUCCUUCCGUCACGCCAGGGCCGACUUCGCCAAGUGAAGGCGGUGGACAACUCCAGGACACAGCCUGUAGUUUUGGUGUUUGUGGAGAGUAUAUACUCCCAGCUGGGCCAGGAGAUUGUAGCCAUAUUAGAGUCUAGCCGCUUCCACUACCGGACAGAGAUUGCUCCUGGUAAAGGUGACAUGCCCACAUUGACAGAGCAUAACCGUGGACGCUACACACUGAUCAUCUAUGAAAAUGUGUUGAAAUAUGUCAAUCUGGAUGCUUGGAACCGUGACUUGCUAGACAAGUACUGUGCUGAGUAUGGAGUGGGUGUCAUUGGCUUCUUCAAAGCUAAUGAAAACUCUCUUCUCAGUGCACAGCUCAAAGGUUUCCCCCUUUUUCUGCACUCACAUCUUGGACUCAGGGAUUACCGCAUAAACCCCAAUGCUCCUCUACUUUACAUCACCAAGCCCAACCAGGUUGAGCAAGGCUCUUUACCGGGGGAUGACUGGACCGUUUUCCAGUCCAACCACUCUACCUAUGAACCAGUGCUUCUGGCCAGCACCAAGUCCUCUGAGGUACUGGCACAUUUUGGACCCAGCCCCCUGAGGGCCCUCCACGCCACAGUGGUCCAGGACUUGGGGCUCCACGAUGGCAUUCAACGCGUUCUAUUUGGGAAUAAUCUCAACUAUUGGCUUCACAAGCUAGUGUUUGUAGAUGCCAUUGCCUACCUGACAGGAAAGAGACUGUGUUUGUCCUUGGACCGCCACAUCCUGGUUGACGUGGAUGAUAUUUUUGUUGGCAAAGAGGGAACCCGUAUGAAGGUUUCAGAUGUAGAGGCAUUGCUCAACACUCAAAACAAGCUGAGAGCUCUGGUUCCUAAUUUCACCUUCAACUUGGGAUUUUCUGGAAAGUUCUAUCAUACAGGGACUGAUGAGGAGGAUCGGGGAGACGACAUGCUGCUGCAACACAGAAUGGAUUUCUGGUGGUUUCCUCACAUGUGGAGCCACAUGCAGCCUCACCUCUUUCACAACGUCAGCGUCUUGGCUGAACAAAUGAGGCUGAACAAGAUCUUUGCUCAGGAGCAUGGCAUCCCCACAGAUAUGGGCUAUGCAGUGGCUCCACACCACUCUGGGGUUUAUCCAGUUCACAGUCAGCUGUAUGAGGCCUGGAAGUCUGUGUGGGGCAUCAAGGUGACCAGCACUGAGGAAUACCCUCAUCUGAGGCCAGCUCGUUACCGCCGUGGUUUCAUCCACAAUGGGAUCCAGGUGUUGCCGAGGCAGACCUGUGGGCUGUUCACCCAUACGAUCUUCUACAAUGAAUACCCAGGAGGUUCAAAGGAGCUGGACAAGAGCAUCAGAGGAGGAGAACUCUUUCUCACUGUCCUCCUAAACCCUAUCAGUAUCUUCAUGACCCACCUGUCCAACUAUGGCAAUGAUCGGCUGGGUCUGUACACGUUUGAGUCCUUGGUGAAGUUUGUCCAGUGUUGGACAAACCUCAAUCUGCAGACGUUGCCCCCGGUCCAGCUCGCUGAGAAGUACUUUCAGAUCUUCCCUGAGGAGAGAGACCCACUCUGGCAGAACCCUUGUCAUGACAAGAGACACAAAGAUAUCUGGUCUAAAGAAAAGACUUGUGACAGACUCCCCAAGUUCCUUGUCAUUGGACCACAGAAAACAGGCACUACAGCGCUUCAUUCAUUCCUGAGCCUCCAUCCAGCAGUCACCAGCUCCUUCCCCAGCACCACCACCUUUGAGGAGAUCCAAUUCUUCAGUGGAGCAAACUAUGACAAUGGAAUUGACUGGUACAUGGACUUCUUCCCAUUCCCUUCUAAUGUCAGCACAGACUUCAUGUUUGAAAAGAGUGCCAACUACUUUGACACAGAGGUGGCUCCUAAGAGAGCUGCUGCCUUGCUACCCAGAGCCAAAAUCCUGGCAGUCUUCAUUAACCCGUCUGACAGAGCGUACUCCUGGUACCAGCACCAGAGGGCCCACCAGGACCCUGCAGCCCUCAACAACACUUUCCAUGCAGUGGUGACUGCAGGCAUUUCAGCCCCCAGGGACCUGCAGGCCCUUCAGAGGCGCUGCCUUCAUCCUGGGAUCUACGCUACACACUUGGAGCGCUGGUUGCAACACUACCAGCCCAGCCAGUUGCAUAUCGUGGAUGGGGCCUUGCUGCGGUCCAACCCAGCACUGGUGAUGGAGGGGAUCCAGAGGUUUCUCGGUGUUACUCCCCUCUUCAAUUACACCCAGGCUCUAAUGUAUGAUGACAGCAAAGGUUUCUGGUGUCAGCGGGUGGAAGCAGGUCGAGCCAAAUGUCUGGGGAAGAGUAAAGGCAGAAAGUACCCGGAGAUGAGUUCUGAGUCACGUGCCUUCCUGGCAGAGUACUACCGUGAGCACAACAUGGAGCUGCUGCAUCUGCUGAACCGGUUGGGUCAACCGCUUCCGUCCUGGCUUCGGCAAGAACUCCAGAGCACAAGCUGGAGCUGAGGCCACAUGCUCACACACACACUCACACACAGACAUGCCACAGAGAAGAAAGCCGGGACUGGAGUCUGUGGGUGAGCCAACAUGUGGCUCUUGAUUAGACUGGACUACCUGAUCUGAAACCUACAGCAGCACACACUAAAAGAGCUGCAGCCGAUGUUCCUGGUUACUGCUCCUGUUCCACUACAGACCUCUCUCUAAUUGUUGGUGGAGAAGGCUACCACUGGACUGCUGAUUUGUUGCCAAUCUUCCUCGAGCACUGGACAGCCUUCAGCCUCAAUGUGUGAUGGACAGGGGCUGACACUGUAUUCAUCAGUUUGCUGAGGAUCCAGAGGACUGGGUGACCAGUAGGUGUGAGGCAUAAAGGUCAGACAGCCUUAAUCUGAGGACAGAAACUCAUAGGAUGAGACUGUGUGGAUGUGAGUGUAUGACUGGAUACAGGACUAACAUGCACAGUCAAACAGACACACACACAGAAACCUCAUCUGUGCACAAGAAUGAUUGUAAAGCAGUCGGUUUUCAAAAGAAGUUGUAUAUGUUCAACAACAUGGCUGUGAGCGUGAAGCAGACAGUACAUAUCCUGGUCCACAUGUCUCUGCUACUCACACACACAUACCUGCAGGUGUAGCCAACAGUUGAGGUGGUGCUAUCCCCUUUAUCCUCACAGUUUUCAACUCUGUUCACUGUUGUGACAGACAUAAAAUGGAUUGUAUAUGAAGACGGUCAAUGUAAAUAUCAUGUGUAUAAGUACACGACUGAAGCCCAGGAGUGGUCCAGGCUAUGCCCCACACUGACAUCCUAGGGAGGAGACAGCUUUAUGAAUCAAUGAAUAUUCACUGAGGUAAAGAUGGUUUUUGAAUGAUCAUUGACUGAACUCCACAUUUGCAAAGGUCUCCCUCCAUUCUCCUUUUUUUUUUUUUACUUUAGAUACCUGCUUUUAACCAAGGUGUCAUUAUUGCAAUUCUAAAUCUGAAAUGGAUCAAAAUGAACUCUUAAUUUUAAGGCGGAUCUGCGAUUUUUAUAUUUCAUUUUUCUCUCCACCUCCACCUUCUUUCAUGCGUCCAAAGAAAACAAAGCAAAACUUCAAAGGUGACACAGCUAGUGUAGUGUUAGCCUGCAGCUGCACUUUCAGACCCUUGUCCUGCGUGCACAAAGACAAUCAACUGGCUGCUACAAAGGUAACUGACAGUGCCAGAGAUGUUGGUUUAUUUCCUUUCUCUGAGAUCCUCUUAUUGAUUUAUUUGGGGAUUUUUGAUUUAUUUUCAGGGCUUGUUUUGGACAGAUUUUAGAAAAAUGAACUUUGGAACAAACUGAAUUUGAUGAUCUAUUGACCUUAGCUAAUCCAGAUAUGAUGGUCUAACAAAAGCAUUGCUGUCAGUGCUGAAAAAUAUGUUUAAAUCAAAAAUCAAUCAAUUGACAAUUUGGAGAAUCAUAACAUCCCUAAUGUUAACCUUCACCACAUAGCUGAUUCUUUUUUUUUAUAAUCCAUGUUUUCUCAUAUGGAGUGAACCACACAACACACUGUUGGGCAAAGGUUGGGUUGUAUGACUGGACCUUAAGUUAUUUGAGCAAAGUAGCAUCAGGUGUGUUUAUACAAGUUGAUGGACAAAGUUAGUCAGCCACAAAGCUCAAAAUAUGUGCGACUGAUGGCCUUUCCUAAGAGACGAUGUGUUUCUAGUGCUGACCAUUUUUAUUCUAAGAAAUGGUCUGCUAAUUGAAUUUGUCUGUAGAGACAAAUGUGAGCAUAAAGUGAUUUGCUAAUGAUGUAGUAUUGCAGAGACGGAUUUUAGAAUAUGUGGUUGAGAUAAGCUGAUACCCUUCCUGCCAGGUAAAUAUCUUUUACAGUCACCUCUGAAGUUUGGGACUUCUCCUUUGUGUUUAUAGCCUGAUGACAUCAUUAUAUCAUCAUCAGUGUUCUUUUCUCAGACUUGAAGAAGAAGCUCAGAACCACAGAAAACAUACAAAUGUUUUCAUGGACACAGGACCAACCAUGACUAGUAAAUUGACUUAUGUAAUAUAAAGUGACCUUAACCAGCUGCUAACAGUAUUGUGUGGUAUAAAAUGUGCUUUGUAAUUGUUUGUCAUCAAUCGAAAGUGUUUUCACCAUUUCAACAGUGAUAAAUAUUUAAACAGCUGUAUACAGUGAUCCUGACAUGAUGUCAUCAUACAGUACAGCCCUGGACCAGAGAUAUUUAAAACCCAGUGUGGGUUGAGUUUUACUGUGAGAGGGGGAUAAGCACCUCAGUCAGUUAGCACGCUACACCCUCAGACCCAGUACAUGUCAAGUAUCUUCUGAUAAAACAACACAACUGUCACCGGACACACUCACGCUCUUGUCCAUCUGAGGACAGUCACCCACACAUUGGACAGGAGAACAGACAUUGGAGCCAGUAUGGAGAUGAACAAGAAGCUGCUGUCCUGUUUUCUGUUUGUUUUGUAUAAAUGUCAAAAAGGACAACACUGUAUCAUCUCUAAUAAAUGCAUAGGGAGGUUGGAAAUGA